AUGGUGAGUAUCUUUCCCGGCGGUGCCGCAUCUUUGGGGCGCUUCAUCUUUGGGCUUUCAGGAGCCGCCUCCAUCCGGAAGGUCUGGAGUUGUUCUGGAUGUUUCUGCAUAUUUCACAUGCCAUGCCUACAAAAGUGGGCGAAGGAUAGCCUUUUCUUAGUAUCUUCCCCUCUGACAGAUGAUGAUUUUGGGAAAAAAGAUUAUCCAUGGCCCUGUCCAAAAUGCAGGUUUGAAUACAAGCGAUCUGAGAUUCCUACUCGAUACUACUGCUAUUGUGGGAAGACUGAAGAUCCACCUCUGGAUCCCUGGCUGGUUCCACAUUCCUGUGGCCAGGUCUGUGAGAGACAUUUCAAACCUUCUUGUGGACACAGGUGUCUAUUGCUUUGUCAUCCAGGUCCUUGUCCACCUUGCCCAAAGAUGGUCAUAAUAACUUGCUACUGCCAAAAGGCUAAGCCAUUGCCACGGAGAUGCAGCAUGAAAGAAUGGUCUUGUCAACUGCCCUGUGGGAGAAAGUUGCCCUGUGGGCAACACAACUGUGGAAAUCCUUGUCAUCCAGGGGAUUGCCAACCAUGCCCUAGAGUCAGCAAACAAAGUUGUGUCUGUGGUAAACAAGUAGCAGAAAGACAGUGUGCAAGUCCUUUAUGGCAGUGCGAUGAGAUUUGUGGGCGAACCUUGUCUUGUGGCUAUCACGUUUGUGAACAAAUUUGCCAUCGCGGCUCCUGUGGAGAAUGUCCCAGAUCUGGGAGAAGGUCUUGUCCUUGUGGGAAAUCAAAAUUUUCUUUGCCGUGUACUGAAGACGUGCCUACUUGUGGAGAUAGUUGCGACAAAGUCCUUGAAUGUGAGAUUCAUAGAUGUUCACAACGCUGCCAUCGAGGUGCUUGCGAAAUCUGUAGACAGGAAGUUGAAAAGCAGUGUCGUUGUGGAAAGCAUACGAAGCAAAUGCCCUGCCAUAAACCAUACCUCUGUGACACCAAGUGUACAAAAAUACGGGAUUGUCAGAAACACCAGUGCAAGAGAAAGUGUUGUCCUGGAAAUUGUCCGUCGUGUGAUCAAGUCUGUGGUCGAACGUUAGGAUGUCGUAAUCACAAAUGUCCUUCAGUCUGCCAUAGAGGCAGCUGCUAUCCAUGCCCUGAAACUGUGGAUGUGAAGUGCAAUUGUGGCAAAACUGUUCUCAAAGUACCCUGUGGGAGAGAACGUACCACCAAGCCCCCCAGAUGCAAAGAAUUCUGCAGGCAGCCACCAACUUGCCAUCACCUUAGCCGAGAGAAACACAGUUGCCAUUUUGGCCCUUGCCCUCCUUGCCAUCAGAUCUGCAAGAAAGUUUUGGAAAAGUGUGGCCACUUGUGCCCCGUUUCUUGCCACGACGAAGCCCUUGUAAAGCAAACUGACUUGCAUCAACCCGCAGGCCCCUGGGAGCAGCCCACCGCGCCUGCUUUUAUCCAGAAAGCACUGCCUUGUCCUCCAUGCAAAGUCCCGAUACCGACGCAAUGCCUUGGAAAACACGAGGCGGGUCCAGAAUGUUCUCAGUGUGAAGAAGGAUGUUCCAAGCCACGGCCAGCUGGGUGCUCUCAUGCAUGCCCUCUGCCAUGCCAUCCUGGAGAAUGUCUGCCCUGUGCCCAAAUGAUCCGAAUAAAAUGUCACUGCAAACUGACAAGCCUGUAUAUUGAAUGCAUAAAAAUCACUAAUGCUGACGCAGAAGAAAAAGAAGAGCUGUGUUCCUGCAAAAACCAGUGCCCCAAGGAGCUACCUUGUGGUCAUCGAUGUAAGGAGGUUUGUCACCUAGGGGAAUGUUGUCAGAAUUGCAAUCAGAAGGUUAAGAUCCGUUGUCCUUGUAAGAGACUCAAAAAGGAACUUCUGUGCAGUGAAGUUCGUGAAGGUCAGUGUUACUUGGAGUGUGAUGUGGUAUGCCAAGAAAUGAAACGGAAAGCUUCUGAGAUUAAGGAAGCCGAGGCUAGAGCGGCCAUCGAAGAGGAAAAACGAAGACAGCAGGCAGAACUGGAGGCUUUUGAAAAUAGGUUGAAAGGACGUCGGAAGAAUAAGAGGAAAAAGGAUGAGGUUGAAAUUGAACAACCUUUAUGGCAAAAGUAUAAGAAUAUGAUUUUGCUGCCAGUCUGUGGAAUUAUUGUUUUAAUGAUGGCCUGGUUCCUAGCAUACAAUAAUUGAAGACUUCAUUACUUCUGCAUGCUUCUGUGUAAAGAAUUGGUAAAAUGUUCUGUGUUCUACAUUGAGAAUUAAUGGUCUUUGGUGUUUUUCAAUAAUUUCACUUAAUAGAACAAAACCUAUUUCAGUUUUUACCUCAGAAUCACUUCAAAAUAUUUUGUGGUGAUCAUACUAUACUUAGUCCUAGGCAAAUAUGCCAAGUUCUUUAGAACGUUUGAAUAAGAUUAAUCAUGUAUUGCUUCUCUGACAUUAUUUUGUUUCAGGUUAACUGUGAGGGUUGCCAGUGCUUAGUUGUUUUGAAGAAUGUUCAUAAGCAUGAUCGCUUGGUGAUUUAAACAUAGCUUAAAGUCGGUUUAGUACACUUGCACAGUCCUUGCAGGUGUAUAGUUUAGCAGCUAGCUAAAUGAAAUUUCAGAAUUUUACUUUAAGCAUUCUGUGCUCUGAUCCAUUUUUGCUAAUUAUAUAAUCAAAUAGCAGCUCUUUCUGUAUUAGGCAAUUUCUACUGUGAUUGCCACAAUAGUCUGUAUAAAUGGCUUCUUCUUUAGAUUUCUUCUGCUGAAGAAAGCUGAAAGGCUUCCAAACCAUAGUAUAUAAAACUAAUAUCUCUGCCCCUCUGAAAAACUGUUUUCAUAAUGAAAAUGUACUUUAAAUAAAUUAUUAUCUCUGU